AUGGACGGCAUUCCUCCAUUCCCCGCCCAUUUGCCGUUUAGUAUGGGUGCUACCCUAGACAAGAGCGUUAAGAGCAACCAGCAAGCAUCUUCUACAGACCCAUGUCGAAAGAAAUACCUCAACAAGCUCGGUCUCAAGAGCUGCGUGCGCUACUCUGAAGAAAGGUCGCUGGCCUAUGUGCCUCUUUGA